AUGGCGCUGGUAAAGGUCCUGUUUUGUCUAAGCCUGAUACAUGCAGCUUUGGCUAAAGGUUCCGAAUCUCAAAUAGAAUGCACUCCGGAGAUCAUGAAGGUGGUAGUCCCGAUGGACGGAGACCGCAAGAUAUCGUACCUGGAUCAGUUAAAAGAAUACAAGCCUUGUCAACCGGAACUGAAUGGAAAGACAGCAAUGUUCGUGCUUGACCUGCAGGAUCCUCACAAAUGUGGUGUAACCAGGAUUCUUCAUAAUAAGACCGGUAAACGAGUGUUCUAUCACAAGAUUGUGAUAGAAGACAAUGCAGGCGGCCGGGAGACUGUCGCUGUCAGAUGUGAGGUGCUAGGGAAACAGAGAUUAAUCAGAAGAGACGUACAAACCUUCCCACUAGACUUUGACGAACCUGAUGUGCUGAACAUCACCCGCUACGAAGAAGGAAAGGCCCCUGAACCAAUACUUGGUGCCAUCGUCAAGCAAAAUGGGAAGCAAGUAUCAGGUGAGAUUUCAGUGACUCCAGGCACGCCUCUUACGAUGGAGAUAUUCCUGAACGAGCAGUCAGCUCCGGUCUACGGCCUUUUAGUGAAUUACAUGCACGUCACCGAUACUGGAAAGCAACAAGAAACUAUUAUUUUGAACGGAUGUUCAGUAGACCCGUACCUGUUCGACAACUUCGUAACCACUGACGGUGAUACUCUGACAGCCAAGUUCAAGGCAUUCAAAUUCCCUGACACCACGUACGUGCAAUUCAAAGGCACUGUCACCGUGUGUCUGGAUAAAUGCCAGGGGGUACAGUGCAGUAAUGGACAGUUCGCGUACGGCCGUAAGCGGCGGUCGAUCGCUUCGAGCGACUCAAAUAAAAUAUACGAAGUGUCACUCACAACUUUCAUUAAGGUGGACUACGAGAAAGGACAGAAAGAGGCAGAAGACGUUUUAGCUCUCCUCCGUCACCUGAGAGUCGCGAACCAACGUCUUGGAGACAUGGACGGCACUCCAGCAACAGUGGCUGAACAUACUUCCGACAAUAGACUUGUAUUAGUGGACGACCAUGAUUUGAUUCAUGAUAAAUCCAAUAUGGUGGCUGUCAGCUGCUUACUACUGCUAGUGUGUUUGUUAGUACACUUUAAAUAA